GGCGGGGCCUUACUUUGAACCCAGUUGGCGGGAGCGGCGGCAGGGACCGGGGCUCUGGCGGCGGCUGCAGGCUUCAGUCUGGGCUGGCCCGCAAUGGAGUCCUCCGCGGGGAGCGAGAAGGAGAGCGGAAGAGGCGCAGCCACAGGGAAAUGCGUGGAUAGGAUCUCGGUGCCAAGACCUCCCUCCAUCGAGGAGUUCACCAUAGUGAAGCCCAUUAGCCGGGGCGCCUUUGGGAAGGUGUAUCUGGGACAGAAAGGCGGCAAGUUGUAUGCAGUCAAGGUUGUCAAAAAAGCAGACAUGAUCAACAAAAAUAUGACUGAUCAGGUACAAGCUGAGAGGGAUGCACUGGCCCUAAGCAAAAGCCCUUUCAUUGUCCACCUGUACUAUUCACUGCAGUCAGCAAGCAAUGUCUACUUGCUAAUGGAAUAUCUUAUUGGUGGAGAUGUGAAAUCUCUCCUACAUAUAUAUGGUUAUUUUGAUGAAAUGAUGGCUGUGAAAUAUAUUUCUGAAGUGGCACUGGCUCUAGAUUACCUUCAUAGACACGGAAUCAUUCACAGGGAUUUGAAACCAGACAAUAUGCUUAUUUCUAAUGAAGGUCAUAUUAAAUUAACUGAUUUUGGCCUUUCCAAAGUCACUUUGAAUAGAGAUAUCAAUAUGAUGGAUAUCCUUAUAACACCAUCAAUGGCUAAACCUAGGCAAGAUUAUUCAAGGACCCCAGGACAAAUAUUAUCUCUCAUCAGCUCUUUGGGAUUUCACCCACCAGUUGAAGAAGAAAGUCAAGACUCUGCAAAUAUUCUUUCAGCCCAUGUAUCUGAAACAUCACAGCUUUCUCAAGGACAAAUUUGUCCUAUGUCUGUAGAACAAACGGACAGUACUCCUUAUUCUAGCAAACUACUAAAAUCAUGUUUUGAAACAGUUGCCUCCAACCCCAGAAUGCCUGUAAAGUGUCUAACUUCUAAUCUACUCCAGUCUAGGAAAAGGCUGGCUACAUCCAGUGCCAGUAGUCAGUCCUACACUUUCGUAUCCAGCAUGGAAUCUGAAUGCCACAGCAGUCCUACAUGGGAAAAAGAUUGCCAGGAAAAUGACGAUGGAUCGGGCUCUCCAAUGAUGAGUUGGAACACAACUGAAAAGCCUUUAUGUACAAAAUCUACGAAUGACAUCGAGACCAUAAGUUUCAAUAAGAAGAAUCUUGAAUUAGCCCUUUCUCCCAUCCAGAAUAGUAGUGCCAUUCCUGCCAGUGGAAGCUCUUGUGUAAACCUUGCUAAAAAGUGCUUCUCUGGGAAAGAUUCUUGGGAAGCAAGAGAACUGGAUAUAAAUAACACUAAUAUGGCCACUUGCACAAGCCAGUCUGGUUUUCAUCAGUCAAAUCAGGGGACUGUAAAUUCUGCUGGUAUAACUGAAGAGCACCUUGGGAAAAAAAGUGUUAAGAGACAUUUUGAGUUAGUUGACUCCAGUCCUUGUCAGGAAACUAUACUGAAUAAAAAAAAUUGUAUAGAGUAUAAGCAUAAUAAUGUAAUGAGAGAUUGUUACACAAAUCAAAGUACAGGCUUAACAACUGAAAUUCAGGACCUAAAAUUAUCAGUAUAUAGAAGUCAGCAAAAUGACUGUACUUAUAAGGAGAAUAUGGUCGAUUCUUUUAUGGAUAAACAACAAACACCAGAAAAAACAAAUAUCCCAGUGAUAGCAAAAAAUCUUAUGUGCGAACUGGAUGAAGAUUGUGACAAAAAUAACAAGGACAACUCAAGUUCUAGUUUUCUAUGUUCUGAUGAUGAUAGAGCUUCUAAAAGUAUUUGUAUGGACUCUGAUUCAUCUUUUCCUGGAAUUUCUAUAUUGGAAAGUCCAUUAGAAAGGCAGUCCUUAAAUCCAAACAAAAGCAUCAAAGAAUCUUCUUUUGAAGAGUCAAAUAUUGAAGACUUUCUUAGUGUAUCACUCGGCUGCCAAGAAAGUACCUUGCCAAAAAGUGAUGAGAAUCCUGUUGUCCAAGACAGUAACCAAAAAAUGUUAGCUCCUUCUUCAGAGGUGUUGAAAACAUUAACCGUCUCUAAAAGAAAUGCUGUAGCUUUUCGAAGUUUUAACAGCCAUAUUAAUGUAUCCAAUAAUUCAGAACCAUCCAAAAUGAGCAUUAAUUUAGAUGCAAUGGAUAUUUCGUGUGCUUAUAGUGGUUCAUACCCCAUGGCCAUAACCCCAACUCAAAAAGAAAGAUCCUACUUGCCAAAUCAGCAGACCCCAAGUCAGGUCAAGUCAGGAACUCCAUAUCGAACUCCAAAGAGUGUGAGAAGAGGGGCAGCCCCAGUGGAUGAUGGGCGAAUCCUGGGAACCCCAGACUACCUCGCACCUGAGCUGCUAUUAGGCAGGGCCCAUGGUCCUGCGGUAGACUGGUGGGCACUUGGAGUUUGCUUGUUUGAAUUUCUAACAGGAAUUCCCCCUUUCAAUGAUGAAACACCACAACAGGUAUUCCAGAAUAUUCUGAAAAGAGAUAUCCCUUGGCCUGAAGGUGAAGAAAAGUUAUCUGAUGAUGCUCAAAGUGCAGUAGAAAUACUUUUAACUAUUGAUGAUACAAAGAGAGCUGGAAUGAAAGAGUUGAAACAUCAUCCUCUCUUCAGCGAUGUGGACUGGGAAAAUCUACAGCAUCAACCUAUGCCUUUCAUACCCCAACCAGAUGGCGAAACAGAUACAUCGUAUUUUGAAGCCAGAAAUAAUGCUCAGCACUUGACCGUAUCUGGAUUUAGUCUAUAGCACAUAAA